AUGAAUGUGAGUGCUGUCGGACCGCAAAUGCGGGCCUUUACUUGUCGACUGCGACAGUUCUCCACCCAGCCACAAAUCACUCAUCCGUCGGUAGUAUUUGUGAAGGAUGUUCAAGCUCGUCAGAACUCCCUUCUUGGGCCAGAUAAGCAGUUUCCUUUGAAUGGAGAUACGUGUCCUAAGAUUCUGAUUCAGGAACAGCCGUUUGUGCAGGCGCAAGCAAAUGCUGGUGAUUGGCCCGUUGAGCUUACUGUGCAAGAGUGCCCAAGACUUUUGAAGAAAGAUAUGAAACAUCUCUUCCCCGGAAUGCAUUUCGAUAAUGUCAAUGUCAGUGUGAUCAACAUUACUCAAAAAACUGAACAUGAUAUGAAGGCAUGGAGUGAAGAAAUGGAGCAGGAGCGUGAGAUGCUCACGGCUUCGGGAAAGUUCACCAAUCACACUCUUUUCGAAACAGAUGAUGCUUACAAACAAAUGGGCUUCCGCAUCGAGGAUCUAGGUUGCUGUAAGGUCCUUCAACAUGUUGUGUGGGGUACAAAUGCGUUUGUUGGAACGCUCUUCACUGAUGCUCCACCGGACUGCACCAUUGUCAAGGAUAUCGUGCGCAAGGUAAACACGGAUGAAGCUGUUGUGAAUCAGCAG